AUGCAGUAUUCCGCCUUCAUGAACGAGUAUAUGCGUCUCGGACAUUGUGUGAAAGUCGAAGAUUUCGGUAGCCCGGGGUUUUACUUACCACACCACGCCAUCUUAAAACCAUCGAGCUCAACUACCAAACUGCGUGUGGUAUUCGACGCAUCGUCACGGUCAGAUACCAACGUCUCAUUGAACGAUGUACUGAUGAAAGGACCUACGAUCCAGGAUACCCUAGCAUCAAUAGUACUACGUGCCCGGAAGUACAAGUUCCUAUUCUCCGCAGAUGUGAUCAAAAUGUUUCGACAGAUUCGUGUUGAUGACAAGGACACAUGCUACCUUAGGGUGCUUUACAGGGAAGACCCGCAAGCGAAGUUGGAUGUUUUCGAAUUGAAGACAGUGACAUACGGCACGUCAUGUGCUCCAUUUUGCGCAACCGCCUGUUUGAAACAGCUUGCUAUAGAGGAAGAGAAGGAGUAUCCACUUGGAGCCCGAGUAGCGAAGAAUGAUUUUUAUAUGGACGACGCAAUAACGGGAGCAAAUACCAUCGAGGAGGCGUUGGAAUGCCAGUCGCAACUUAUUAAACUAUUGAAGCGAGGAGGUUUUGAACUGCACAAGUGGUGUGCGAAUGCACCUGAACUUCUACAAGCUAUUCCGGAGCCAGACAGGGAACAACAAGUAAAAAUUGAAGAUAGUGAAUUCAACGACGUGAUUAAAACCCUAGGACUCCUGUGGGACUCGUCAAACGAUGUGUUUCUGUUUAAGAUUCAUAGCUCUAGUGAGCCUCCUGUCAACUACACGAAGCGAAUAGUUUUGUCGGAAACCGCUAAAAUUUUUGAUCCCCUUGGUCUAUUGGAGCCAGUGACCAUUUUAGCAAAGCUAUUCAUUCAACAGUUGUGGUCGUUGGAGUUGCCUUGGGACGAGCCACUUCCGACUGAGCUUGAGGCUGAUUGGCGGCGCUUCAAGAACCAAUUAAAGCAAAUCAAUGAGAUUAAGAUCGUACGUUGUGUGGUGGCAGAGGAUGCCGAAACUUAA